GCUCGAGCAUCUUCUUCGGUGAAGAACAGCAGCGCUCCUCAACGGCGGGGUACAGGAAAUCAUAUGCCUUCAAGUCCACUACUACAGAGGAGUUUGGAACUAAAGAAUAGCAAGAGUCGAGAACUGUGAAAACCAUGCUGAAAGGGGGCACCGCAAAGGCAGCACUGCCCAGAAUGGGAGCCCCAGAGCGGGCAAAGCUGUCAACCAACAUCUCUCACAGCUCUUUCUCCAGCAACACUGGAAUGAAGACCUCCAGAUCGUCCAGCACUAUAGCUUCAGACCUGCGACUCAGUAAGAUGAAGAGGGCGAGCAGUGAUGAUGCUCUAGCUAAACCUAUUCUGGGGUCAGUGGCUGCAGCCUCCCGCAUAAAGAAAACCAUCACCACAGGCGCCAUCUCUGAGCUAACGGACAACAGACCACGUAGUGCUUCAGGUGUCCAGUCAACCAAAAAAUCUGGGAUCCCAACUCCUCGUGAGAUCCCCCAAACCAUCUCCAGAGAACGUUUCUUGUUACGUGACCAACAGAAAAGCUCUGCCACCAAGAAGAUGGUCGCCAGUGCCAGCACAUCCAGCCUGUCUGCUCUGGCCAAGCACUCCCGUGGGUCUGUCAAGACCAAAGCAGAGUCUGUGGCUUUGGACAAGACCCUGCUGGAGAGUCAGGUGAAGGAGCUCCUGGCUGAGGCUAAAGCCAAAGAGUUUGAGAUCAGUAAGUUACAGACAGAGCUUCAGCGGCAAAAAGAGAAAGGUUCAUCAUCAGAGGCCGGAACACCAGAGGGGAACUCUGAGGUUGAGAGGACACCAGCACAGCCUGAAGACAUCCAGACAUUCAUAGGGGAACUGAGAGAAAAGAAUGGGCAUUUCCAGCGUGAGCUGGCCUCCUUGCAGGAAGAGAACCAUGCUCUUAAGCAGAAGCUUAUUGCAUUGGAGAGCUCAUCCUUAUCUAGUGGCAAUAACAAAAGCAUCACAACACCACUCAAGUAUUCAGUUAAUGGGGUUUUGCCCGACAAAAACACUUCCGAUACAGCCGCUAUCGGUGCAGUCAACGGAAGCCACCUUAAACCUUCUGUGUCAUCUGGUAGUGACAGCACCAAAGGCUCUCCUUUACCUUCAUCAAACUCCUCAGAGUUUGAGAAGAUCCCAUCACACUCAGACUCAUUCAGUCGCAGCAUUAAGGGUGUUAUCUCCAGUGGUGUGGUGAAUGAGAUCUCAGUGGAGUCCCUGACGGACUGCAUCCAGAAGAUGGAAGAGAGUCACCACAGUACAGCUGAAGAACUUCAAGCCACUCUACAGGAGCUGGCUGACCAACAGCAGGUUGUCCAAGAACUAACAGCUGAAAAUGAGCGUCUAGCGGAGGAGAAGGGCCUCCUACAGACCUCCUUGCAGCAGCAACGUGAACGUGUGGAACUUUUGGCCCAAAAGAAUGAAUCUCUACUCCAGAGAUUCAGAGAUCAAGCCCAGAGUCAAGAAGCUGAGGCCUCUCGUGCCUCUCGGGUAGCAGAGCUUGAGCAGCGGCUGGCUGAGCAGGUGGAGAGCUCCCGCUUUGAAAGAGAAAAACUGGUAGACAUCCAGCAGCAGUUGACUGGGAGUCUUAGAGCUUUGGAAAAUGAGCAUCAGGAGGCACAAGCAGCUGUGAAGAGCUUAAAGGAAGAGGUGGAACUUUUUCAAGAGCUUCUGGAGAGGGAGAAGAUUCUUGGAGACGAGGCAGUGAGGAAAGCUGAAGAACAGCGACUGGCCACAGAGGCUUUAAGAGUGGAGAAUGUUAGUUUGAAGGCACAGGUGGAGGCAGAGAGGCAAAAGGUAGCUGAGCUAAAGGCAGUGCACAGUGCCAGUGACAACACAGAGUUGCAAAGUCUGCUCAAAGUGGCACAUGAAGACAGAGACAAGUUGGAGCUCAGCUGCACAGAGCUUCGACAAGAGCUACAGCUGUCACGCAGUCAAACUGAGUGUGCUCAGGGCGCACUGGCCAAGGUGGAGGCAGACAGACAACAGUUGCUGGAGAGGGUGGAGAAACAGGAACAAGAUCAUAAAACCAACAUGCUCGAUCUAGAGGAGAAGAUCCAAGACCAUGAGAACCAGAUCAAGGAUCUGAAAGAGACCAUCUUUGAGCUGGAGGACCAGGUGGAGCAGCAGCGGGUGGUUAGACUGCACACCAACCAGACCAUCCUGGACCUGGAGAAUCAAAUCAAGAGGCUGGAAGAAAACAAGGUUGAGCUUGAGAAGCAAGUUAAAGCCAUGAAUAAGCAAAUGAAGGAUGAGACAGAAGAGUGGCGCCGUUUCCAGGCCGACCUCCAGACAGCAGUGGUGGUCGCUAAUGACAUAAAGGUGGAAGCUCAGCAGGAACUGCGCACACUGCGCAGACAUCUGCAGGAGGAGGAGGAGCACAGUGCCAGACUGGCUUCAGAGCUGGAGCAGAUCCGAGGGGCCAGGUUAUGGAGGGAGGAUGUUAGUCUAUCUGACUCAGAUGGCAGUCCACAUUGGAGCCGUAUGUCCAUGUCCCAGAAUGCACCUUGUGGUUUUCUGACCAAUGGUAGUGGAGGCAGCACCCCUUCAGAGCCAGACGUGACAGUCAAAUCUCUCAUCAAGUCUUUUGACACAACUGUACCGAAUGGACCUAGUAGCUCAGUACAGAUCCAUACAUCUUCCAGAAGCCCCCUGAGUGGCAUACCAGUCCGAACAGCCCCUGCUGCUGCUGUCUCACCUAUUCAGAGGCAGUCUGCAAUCAAGCCACUACCAAAGGCCCUGGAGAGAAGAACCGCCUUUGGAGAUUUCGCCCACACUGGGUCAUGUGAUGAACUGAAGCCCUCGUCUCUUAUGAGGAAGAGUCCGUCCCUGGAGUCAGUGAUUAAAACUCCAGCUCAUUUCAACAACCGAACCUCCUCAUUUACUUACAACAGGGCCAACAGCAAACUCAAUGUGGAAAGAACAGACCCUCUGUCUGCUCUGGCGCGGGAGUACGGUGGAUCUAAGAGGAACGCUCUACUGAAGUGGUGCCAGAAGAAAACAGAGGGCUAUCCGAAUAUAGAUGUGACAAACUUCAGCAGCAGUUGGAGCGAUGGCCUGGCGUUCUGUGCUCUGCUACACACCUACCUGCCUGCACACAUCCCUUACCAGGAGCUCAUAAGCCAAGACAAGGGGCGAAAUCUUACUCUGGCUUUCCAAGCAGCCGAAAGCAUUGGCAUCAAGCCCUCUCUGCUGCUUGUCCUAUGUAGGGUUGCCGGUAGCCAAUCCAAGCUGUCUCGGGCCGAAGGCAGGGAAACACCCUGGACAGGUGGCCUAAUAAUAUUGAUGAAUUGAUGCACACAGACCGACCGGACUGGCAGAGUGUCAUGCAGUAUGUCUCUCAGAUCUAUAAGUACUUUGAGACUUAAUUCUUGAAGGAAGAGGAAGGUGAACAUAAGGGCAAAGAAGCACUUUUAUUUGCUUGGUCCAGUUCUCUUACAGCCAAUCGCUCACUCACACUCACACUCACACACACACACACACACACACACAAGUCAGGUUUCCUCUAAAUACAACCAGCAUUUCACAGCACUUAAAUACUCACACAUUCUGGCCUCAAACAUCUCCUUUUUUCAUACAAUCAUCCUACUGUUCAUUUCUUAUAUGGACCUACAGUAACUAAUUUUUGGAAGUUUGAACUUGCUUGCAGAGUGUAGGUUUGUGUAGUCCUACAAUGAAACAUGGUAUAGUUUUUUAGUGCUAAUUUUUGCUCUACGUUUAGCUCUAACCUUUAUUAAAAAAAAAAAAGUAUGAUUGACAAUAUUAUAUAUUGAUAUACCUAUAAAAUAAUUUUCCCACAAAUUAUUUUAAAGAUGAUUAAGGCAUCAAACCUUGUUGACAAUUUAUUUGAAGUUUGUCACUCAGAGACAACAAGCAUCUGUCCCAGUUAUCAAAAGAGCCUUACGUGUAUUUACUCAUUCCUCAUUAACUAACACUAAGAUUAUUUCCCUAUUACUCUAGUUAAUUAUUUUCUAAAAACAUCUCAGAAUGUCAAUGUCUGAUUGAAUAUUGUAAGACUGUUCAAACAACCAUUAUUGAUUAUUUAAUGCUUUUUGUGCCUGUUUAAAUGACAUGGAAUGUGUUUCAACUAAAUGUAAAGGAAUUUGGAAAGUACUGUCAAAGGGUUUAGGCUGGUCAGCAGUAUGUACUGUGCCCAAAAAUAAAUAAAUGCUGGAUUUCAAAAUAUGCUGAUUCAAGCUUAUGGACAAGCAAUCAUAAAAUUAUUUUUGGACAGAACUAAAAUACAUAUACAAUGAAAGAAAGCAUCUCUGUUUUCAAAUGUCAUUGUUGAGGAUGAAACCAUCUCAGACAUGGUUUAUCUUACUGCAUCAUAUUGGAAAUGUUAUUUAUUGACAUUUAAUAGUUAGAUAUUAAAGGACUGGGUAUGUUAUUUUUAUCUCUUUGACAUUUCAGUUUUGCCUUAUGACAACAGAUGGUUAAUGGAUGAUAAUGUGAAUGGUAAUAAUAAAGAUUUUUGUCAGUCAUAAAUAUUG